AUGCCCAAGAACAAGGGAAAGGGAGGCAAGAACCGUCGUCGUGGAAAGAACGACAUUGGCGAUAAGCGCGAGUUGGUUCUCAAGGAUGAGGGUCAAGAGUACGCCCAAGUGCUCAAGAUGCUCGGCAACGGUCGAUUGGAAGCCCAAUGUUUCGACGGCGAAAAGCGACUGGCACACAUCCGUGGCAAAUUGCGCAAGAAGGUAUGGAUCAACCAGGGUGACAUCAUCCUUAUCUCGUUGCGCGACUUCCAGGAUGGAAAGGCCGAUGUGAUCCAGAAGUACAAUGCCGACGAGGCACGUGCGUUGAAACAGCAGGGCGAGCUGCCUGAGAGCGCCAAGAUCAACGAAACCGACACAUUCGGCGAAGAGGAGGGCGGAGAGGUCGAGUUUCAGGAGGGAAGCGAUGACGAAGACGAGAGCGAUGAUGAUGAGGAUCUGGACGAUCUUUAG